UUGUUGCUACAGUGAACGCGAUGAUCUGGACUGUACUUCUUCUCGUAAAUGGAAUUCUCUUCUUUCUUUUGCUUUCAACCAGAUCGAGGUCAAAGAGAGAGCCCCCCUUAGAUAAAGGUUGUAUUCCAUGGUUGGGACAUGCCCUGGAAUUUGGGAAAGAUGCUGCUAAGUUUUUAACACGCAUGAAGAAGAAACAUGGUGACAUUUUUACAGUGCGAGUGGCAGGGCACUACGUCACCGUCCUGUUGGACCCACACUCGUACGACGCCGUCCUCCAGGACUCUGGAUCUCUGGACUUCUCCCGCUAUGCCCAGGUGUUGAUGGACAGAAUCUUUAAGCUGCGUCUCCCCAGCCACAACCCUGCAGUGGAGAGAGCCAUCAUGAAGCAACACUUCCAGGGCAAGAAUCUCACUUGCCUGAGGAGCACCAUGCACAGCAACCUCCAUACUUUGCUGACAUCUGAGAUGCCUCACAACCAGACGAACUGGAAGAGCAGCGGGCUGUUCAACUUCUGCUAUGGUAUUUUAUUCCGGGCGGGAUACCUCACGCUUUUUGGAGGGGAGCAAAACAACAAUGGCACAGAUGCCAAGCAGAUCUACAAAGAGUACCGGAAAUUUGAUGGCCUCCUGACGAAAAUGGCACGGACCACUUUGAAUUCAGGAGAGAAGCGGGUGGCCGGUGGGACCCGUGAGCGGCUGUGGGAGCUGCUGUGUCCGGCGGGCCUCGGCGAGAGUUCCAGCCCGUGGCUGCGACACUACCUCCAGCACCUGCAGGAGGGCGGCGCCGACGACGACACCCAGACCAGAGCCAUGCUGCUCCAGCUGUGGGCCACACAGGGUAACGUGGGACCUGCAGCGUUUUGGCUCCUGGCAUUUCUGAUUAGUACUCCAGAGGCCAUGAAGGCAGUGAGGACGGAGUUCAGCAGGGUCUCGCUGACCACAGACACAGCACAGGCUCCAACACUGGACCCCACACAGCCAACCCCUGUGUUCGACAGUGCCCUUGAGGAGGCAUUACGUCUCACUGCUGCCCCCUUCAUUACCAGGGAGGUACUGCAGAACAAGACUCUGUGCAUGGCCGACGGACAGGAGUAUGACCUCAGGCAGGGCGACCGCGUGUGUCUCUUCCCCUUCAUCAGCCCACAGAUGGACCCCGAAAUCUACCACGAGCCCGAGAAAUUCCUGUAUGACAGAUUCCUGAAUGCGGACGGGACUCCGAAAAGGCUGUUUUACAAAGGUGGCCAGAGGCUGAAAUACUACACCAUGCCCUGGGGAGCAGGCAGCAACGCGUGCGUGGGAAAGCCUUUCGCUAUCGAUGCCAUUAGACAGUUUGUCUACUUGGUGCUGACUCAUCUGGAAAUGGAGCUGUGUGAACCAGAGGCUGGGCUGCCAGCAGUGAACACCAGUCGUUAUGGGUUUGGAAUGGUGCAGCCUGAAGGGGACAUGUUCAUCAGAUACAGACAGAGAGUUUGCCACAAUAUCUUAUAAUGUAUUGCUUAUUAUUUAUUAUGAUAACAGUGUUUUUUGUUUAUGAAGUACCACUUCUAUACAAUCACUUGAUAUAUUUUACAAAUAUAGUAAUGUAUAAGUAAUAUGUAUCUGUACAGUAUGCAUAAAAUGAGAUAUAUAUUUAUGUUGAAUUAGAAUUCAUUCAAAAUGUAUUGUUGCACAACUUUU